AGGAGUGUUUAUCUCGUGACAUACAGUCAAGCCGAUAUGGACAAAUUUGCCAGACGGGAAGAUUUUGCAAGUGCAGUAGUAGAAUCGUUUUCUCAAGGACGUGCCAAAGUAAAGCACUGGUCAUGUUGUUUGGAAGAACACAAGGAUGGAGGAUUACACUUUCAUCUAGCUAUAAAACUAGACCGAAAUCAACGUUGGAUAUCAUCGAAAACAUAUCUACUUGAUGUGUACGGAAUAAGCGUUCACUAUUCAAAUCGGCAUUAUAAUUAUUAUAGUGCGUGGAAGUAUGUUACGAAGUCCGACGCAUGCUACAUCGAGAGUGAAGGACAUCCCCGUCUAGAUGACACGGAGCCACAGACAAGCUCUGCAAGCCGUUCGAGACGUCAACGUCGGAAAAGAAGUCGUGGAAAUACUACUAACUCGGAAAUAUUAAGCGCCGACGACGAGGAGGAAGAUAGCGACGGGAAGUCCACCGCUAAGGGGAGGAAAAAAAGGAGGAGACUUACCGCGUAUGAGGUGGGAGAAAUAAUUGUUCAAAGAAAUGUCACAACUCUUACAGAACUUCAAGCCUUAGCAUUUGAACAAAAAAAAGAAGGGAAGACGGAUUUGGCGGAAUUUUUAGUUAACCGCAACCCAAAGGUUGUCGCCGAUGUAUUACAAACUGCUUGGGAGAUCGAGAAUGCGCCCAAGAAGUUGGCACGGUCGCGCAAAAGUCGCAUGAACCUUCUAGAGGAUGCUAAAACUGGCUCCUGUGUAACAGGUUGUAAUGGUGAGUGGUUAACGUGUGCGCAACAAAUUUUACACAACAAUGGCAUUUCUCUGGAAUUUUUCCGCACUGCUGUGAAGGAUUUACUGGUCAACGGGCGUGCAAAGUACAAAAAUAUUAUGUUAACAGGUCCAGCAAAUUGCGGGAAAACAUUUUUAUUGAACCCACUGACAACUAUCUACGACACAUUCAGUAACCCUGCAACAGGAACCUUUGCUUGGGUUGGGGUUGACAAAGCAGAAUGCAUUUUCCUCAACGACUUCCGCUGGUCUCCUCAAUUGAUCCCAUGGCAUGAUUUCUUGCUUCUACUAGAGGGUAAAACUGUACAUCUACCCGCCCCGAAGACCCAUUUCUCUAAGGACAUUACUGUGAAGUCCGAUACACCGAUUUUUUGUACUACUAAGUAUCCAAUUCUCUUUCUCAAAAAUGGCGUGCUAGAUCAGCGAGAGACUGAGAUGAUGAAAGUACGGUGGAACUUGUUUGAGUUGAGUUACGUAAUCCCUCGGGAAUCGCAGCGCGUGAUCUCAUCUUGUGGGACAUGUUUCUCCGAUCUGAUACUAGGUUAA